AUGGAGUGUGCAAUAGCUUCCACUACGGUGGCUGUGAGGGAACGGGCAAUCGUUUCGAUACCGAACAAGCCUGCAAAUCCGCCUGCUCACAACAUCAAGAUUCCUGUUUCUUGCCCAAGGUGCAAGGUCCAUGCACGGGAAAACAGAAGAAUUUCUUCUACAAUCAAGACACACGUCAAUGCGAGGAAUUCGUUUAUGGAGGAUGUCUCGGGAAUACGAAUCGUUUCGCCACCAUCGAGGAAUGUCUGGCUCGUUGUGCACGUG